GGCAGAGGACGGGGACGGAGAAAGAGAGAGAACCAGAGUGACAGGAAGAGAGAGACGGGAAGGGGGUGGGAGAAAACAGGCAGAUAGGCAGAGAGGGGAAGCUGUCAUAGGAAUCACACAGCUCCUGUUCACAAGUCUGCACACAGCCGCUGAGCAGCUCAGCCAUUCUGUCUGCUGCCUCCUGAUGCGGGCAAUGCUGAUGGGGAUGACGGGUGGCUUAUUUUCAGCAGCACAGUCAUCUGAGCGAUGGUAGCAGCCACAGCAACAGCAUCCGAAUCCGAAGCAGGAGCUCUCCUGUCUGCUCUGACUCCUGUUCAUCCACAGCCUCAGGGCCAUUCAUCGUUCCCAUCUCAUGCCUCCUGCCUCCUCAUCCUCCUCCUCCUCCUCCAGCUCCAUCCUCCACUUCUACACCUCUGAUGAGCUACAGCUUCGGAGUAAAAUAACCCUGCUGAUAGAAGCUCCUCUCUCUGUCAAGACAGUAAGUAGGGGAGGGUGUGAGAGAAGUAGAGAGAGGUGUGUGUGUGUGCAUGUGUGUGUGAGAGAGAGAAAGAGAGGGAGAGAGAGAGAGAGAGAGAGAGAGAGAGAGAGAGCAAGGUGGUGAGAAGAUGUCAGUGUGUGCGACAGAGAGACUGGGACUGCUGAAGAACCAGCAGGUUGUGUGCAGCUUGUAUGAUCCUGCUGUGCAUGGACAGUGAGGACUGGGCAUAGCAACAGCAAUUGAUGUCCAGAGAAGGUGCCAUGUGUGAUUGGUCAGCAUACCCUGUGGCAGUAGCAUCACCCUGGAUUUGGCGAGCAGCUCUCUCCCUUGAUUGUUCUCUGGUGCUCCACUGUGAAGCUUUCAUGGGAUUUAUCUCGUCCUGCUGGAUGGCACAGAGCUUUCUGCCCCUCUGAAAAGAGUCCACAGAGGAAACAUACAGUAUACAGCUAAGAAGUGAGAUAAUUAACCAAUCACAGCACAAGGAGGCAGACUGGGUUCCCUUAGCAACAACUGAAAGAGAGAAGAGAAUCCUUUUCUCUUUCUGCUCCCUUGGUUUUUGGGCACACCCCUGCGGACUGGUGUGGGUCAGCAGUUGCGAGAGGACUGGAAGAAUGGUGUUGCAUGGGGAUAAAAGACAAGCUAGCAACCCAAAUUCCUGUGGAAGGUGCUUAUAAGCCUAGACCCUCACACUCUGUGUCAUCAUCACCAUGAUUAUUUGUUAUUCAACAAAUUUGCAUCACAAGUCAUGGUCCUCUUGCUGAGAAAUCAAUUGAUUCUGGUCCCUGCCACCUGGAAUAAGCGUAGCUGUGGACAUUCUGAGAAACACAAGAUCCACACCCUGCCGCCUACCUUCCUCAUUUUCAUGGACAAGAGAUGAAGGACACAUUUCAGUCACCAUCUGCAGAUAAAAUGGAUUUGUGGAGAAGUUAGUUCUGAUGUGAGCUGGUUCUAUUGAGAGUCCACUGUGUUUUUCUUUUCCUCCUGAGGAGGAGACGCAACACUGUACAAAGGAAUAUCCCGUCUUUUCAAAGGAAUCUGUCCUUUUUCCCUUAAAAGACAGUAUCCCUCACUGAGGGAAUAUUUAGAAGGCAAAGCGUGUCCCUGCUGGCCACCAAUAAUGUAGAAGAAAUCAUUUUGAAAAUUGAGCUACUGCUGGAAGUUCUAUUUUUCUAUCUACAUUGGCUAUCUCGCUCUACAGGAGAGGUCAAAAUGAAUCUCUGCUCGUUAGGACUGACAGUUUUGUUGCUUUUACCUUUGUACAGUAGCCUGCCGUUAUGUCACUGUGUUUCACAACUAAAAAAGAUUGUAUAGGACAAGUGGAAGAAGCAAAAAGUCUCUCUCCCAUAUAGAGAAGCGUUUUAAAUAGCAUCUCCUCGGGAACAAACUCAAACGUGCAUACUGACACAUGAGAUGAGUUGGCUCAACACGAUUAUGUAAGAGUUUCAUACUAGCUUUAGUCCAUGUAUUUUGCCUCUUUGUUUUCUGUGGAUUUACUGUGUGCGACUUCACCCAUGCUCAUUUUCUCUUCAUUUUUGGAACCAUCAACUAGAAAGAAUGGAUGUCAGAGUGUGACCGUGUGGCAAACGUGUGGGCGAGGCAAGGUCUUUUGGCUGCCCAGGUGCUUUUAAGAUGUUGAGGUCUCCCUGCGUGGCCGGGGCCCCUGUUCGGAUCAGUAGCACUGAGGCUCCUUGUAGCCAAAGACAUGGACCCCGACUCGGCUCCCCCACGCCCUCAGCCCAUUGGCCAUUGGCCCCACAUCGCCCUGUAAAGGAUGUCCCUCAGCAGAGCUCCGGCCCGGGACACCUCUGAGACCCCCAGCCCGAGAGAACGCAUCCGCAGCCACAUGAAGAUGGUUAUCGACCAGCUGGAAGGAAUUCUCAAAGAGCUCAAGGAUGUGGCCAAGGAGCUUCGGGAGGUGGUGGGUCAGAUCGACAAACUCACGUCAGACUUUGACUUUGACCUGGAGCCGGAUGACUGGACAGUGGCCACAGCCAGCAGCACAUCCAGCAGUGAACGGGGCUUGGGAGAGGCCUUCAGGCUGGACUUCCUCAAUCCAGAUGUUCUCUCAGAUAGCUGGGAGUUCUGCAGCUACCUGGAGGCCUCUGGUGCCUCUGCCCGCAGACCAGGUGAACAGCCAGGGGAUUCACGGCCGGAACUGGGCCGUGGGACCAUCCCGACACAGACCCAGACCCCCACACCACCUCCUUCCACUGCCUCGGUCUACUCCCAGAUGAAUGGUGGGCUGCCGAUUCCCAAUGGGCCCCGCAUAAUUACUCCAGACUCGUCAAGUGAGGAGGCCAGCAGCUCCACACACAGCCACAAGACUUCCCGUACAUCCGGCACAAGAGAAAGGGUCCGCUUCAGUGACAAAAUUCUGUACCACGCGUUGUGCUGUGAUGAUGAUGAAGAGGAGGAGGAGCAAGGGGAGUUGCAAGACGAAAAGAGUGGCUGUGCUACACCAGAUAGUGAUAGUGAGCCCAGUCUCUUGGCCAGCUCAGUCGCCCCCAAACGCUCUUCCUCAGAGCACUCACUCCUCCAUAACUGUCUGGACCCUUCCUAUGUUUCUUCACCAGUGAAGGGGACAACGGGGGCUCACACACUACCCAGGAAAGGUCUGUUAAACCCCGGCUGCCGUAAAAAACUGCUACGAAACAGCAGCACACAAACUGUCUCUGACAAGAGCACCCAAACUGUACUGCCCUAUAUUCCAACCAAACAGAAAACAAAGGACCACUGAGAAAGCCCUAACUUUACCAUAGAACUCAUGAAGAGGACUGUGUACUAUUUAAUAUUAAAUACAUAGCUCAUAGAUUAAUACACAAAUAAAUUAAUUACUAAAUAAAUAAAUGAUAUAUGGGAAAUCACUUGACUACCUAAAGUCAUUCUGAGGCUCAGGGAAAACAAGAUGAAGUUAAGCAGUUCUUUAUGUCACUGAAAGACAAGAGAUAGUGGUGGACCAAAAGGCUAGUGCCUGUUAUGAUGUUACAAGAUACACUGAAUGGAUUCCCUGUGUAUAAUCAUUUGCAUUGAUUAGAGAUUACAAAAGCAAUCUUUUUUUUUUUUUUAGACAGUUUUAAGUGUUCAGAAAUUGGAAAGUGAGUAUGAAGAGGUCCUUCCUUCUCGUACAAUAGUAUAAAUCACACACACGCACGCACACACGCACGCACGCAGCACGCACGCACGCACGCACACACACAUACACACACACACACACACACAGACACACACACACACACAAAUAGAAUGCCUGUUCCUAUAAUGUGGAUACAAAAACACUUUACAUUCUGUACUCUGAAUCUGUAUAAACAUUGUCUUUUUCAUGUUCCAGUUAUUUCAAAUGUCAAGGGGAUUGCUACUUUGAGUGGGGAAAUGUAUCUAGAUGCACAUGUCAAGCUUCUUCCUCUCUUUGAUGUCAACAAACAAGUUUGAGUGAAGAGCCAGAAAACAGCUCUGUUUAC